CAGGCGCAGAGCGGCCGCCGCCGCCAUUUCGUUCGGCGGUGCCGGGGCCGGGUACGGGAGCGGCGGGAGGAGCCGCGGGCAUGAGUGCCCAGGCCUGCCCCCAGCACUGAGCAACCGGAGCCGCCGGGAGCCAGGCCAGGAUGCCGAUCCCUCCUCCCCCGCCGCCGCCCCCCGGCCCCCCGCCGCCCCCCACCCUCGGUCAGGCGAACACGGAGCCACCCAAGCUGAGCCGGGAGGAGCAGCGGGGCCGCGGGGCCCUCCUGCAGGACAUCUGUAAAGGGACCAAGCUCAGGAAAGUGACCCAAAUCAACGACCGGAGCGCGCCCAUCCUCGAGAAGCCCAAGGGCAGUGGCGGCGGCAACUACAGCUCUGGCUCAGCUGCCAUCCAGCCCAAGGGUGGCCUAUUCCAAGGCGGCGUUCCCAAGCUCAGACCCGUGGGAGCCAAGGACAGCUCAGACAGCUCCACCAAACAGACCCUGCAAGUGCCCGGCUCCCGUGGAGCUGCCCCCAGGCCCCCGGUGCCGGCCAGCAACAGCCGCCCUCAGGACGAUGCCGACAGCAGCCGGGGGUCCCCGCCGGAGCUGCCGCGCACGCAGAGACCCUCCCUGCCCGACCUGUCCCGGCCCGGCACCGCCGGCAGCACCGGCAUGAAGCACAGCUCCUCGGCCCCGCCGCCCCCGCCACCGGGACGCCGCGCCGCUGCCCCCCCGGCCCCACCUCCGGCACACGCCAAGGCCUCGCCCUACAACCGGGAGAAGCCGCUGCCGCCCACCCCGGGACAGCGCCCGCCCGGCAGCAGGGACGGACCCCCCGCCCCGCCGCCCAUCAAGCCCCCUCCCUCCCCAGUCAGCCUCCGGACGGGGUCGGGGGCUCAGGGCCAGUCUCUCGCCCCCCCGCCGCCCCCUUACCGGCAACCGCCCGGUGUCCCCAACGGCCCCUCCAGCCCCGGCAGCGAGUCGGCCCCGGAGCUGCCGCAGAGACACAACUCCUUGCACAGGAAGGCGCCGGGCCCGUUGCGGGGUCUGGCCCCCCCGCCGCCCACUGCUGCCUCCCCAUCCCUGCAGAGCAGCCGCCCCCCCCCGCCGGCCAGAGACCCCCCGAGCCGUGGAGCAGCGCCCCCACCCCCCCCGCCGAUGCCCGCGGACCGGGGGCGCGGUGGCCCCCCCCCCCCCCCCCCCUUCCGGCUCCCCGGCCCCGCCGAGCCCCCCAGCCGGGGGAAGCCCCCGCCGCCGCCCACCAGGACCCCGGCCGGGCCACCGCCACCACCGCCGCCCGUGCGGAACGGGCACCGCGACUCCAUCUCCACCGUCAGAGCAUUCCUGGAUGACUUUGAAUCCAAAUACUCCUUUCAUCCCGUUGAAGACUUCCCAGCCCCAGAGGAAUAUAAGUACUUCCAGAGAAUCUACCCCAGCAAAACAAACAGAGCUACACGUGGGGCCCCCCCUUUGCCCCCCAUCCCCAGGUGAAACCGGGCUGUGCAGGUGGAUUGUUCCGGAGCAGACACACGGACCUCCUUCCCCUCCCUCAGCCGGCCCCCCCAGCUCCCAGCCCCCCGGAUCCUGCAUGGCACACUCCCGGCCUCUCUGCCUUCCCCAGGACCAGCGGAUCUGCCCGGCCCAGCGCCCUCCGUCAGCCUCCCCCUCAUCUAUGCACCCCUCGGGACUCAUGGCAAGCCUGGAUGGGUCCAUCCCCUUGUUCCUCCUCAUGGAUCCCGGGCCGGGAUCAGCCUGGGAGCCGGGCACGGGACUCUGAGCUGAGCCGUGUGCCGGCUGUGGGGACCAGGGGGGCUGGUGGAGAGGGGCGGCGGAUGGACCUGCUGCGAGACCCCCGGAGCGAGGGGGAGCAGGG